UACCAGGACAUACGAAUCCCGAAGGUAAGUAUUAAGCUUAAAAGUUUGGGCUGAUCAAAUUGGUAAAUUACCCCUGAGAUGGCCUGACGCGGGGUUUGAUGCGUAUUCAGGAACACAAGGCAAAUGUUCAGUCCGAUGAAAAAUUCUCCAACAUCCAUCUUCCUCUCCUCCAUCCCAUUCUGUAGCCCUACCUAAGACUAUCCUUUACCCAGUCGCUCCUUACGCAUUGCAGUUUUGCAGAAAAUUGUCCAAUCGUCACUCCGCUCCAAUAUGUUCGCCACAAUCUUGACUGUCCUGCUUGCGGCAGUCAGUAUCACUCUCAUCCAGGCGGAUCCAACCCCGAUAGCCCCAGGUCCAGGCGAUGUUUUUAUCGAGGGCCAGAGUUGCUCUAUCGCCUGGUCAGCAGACCCCAGCGGAAUGUGGACAACCAUGAACAUAUAUUUGAUGACCGGUGACAACUACAACAUGAUAAAGUUAGCCAGUGUUAGCACUGUCAACGGAGCCGACCCUACCAAGACCACGUACUCGUACCCUUGUCCCCAGGUUUCACCCUAUGCCCCUAUUUAUUUCUACGAAUUCUCAUCACCAGCCUCCACUAAUUUGACCUGGACUACUCGUUUUACCAUCACCGACUCGACAAGUGACAUUGUCCCCGCGCCUCAGCCCACGCAGCCAGGGGGUGCCAACAUCCCUUGGGGGACUGGCACGAUCAUUGGUACAUCAGCAUCUCCAUCAGACAGUGUCUCAUCUUCUACCGUGUCCACGACUGUGUCUACGGCGACUUCCUCCCCCACGGUUUCAAAGAAAAAUCCAGGAGUUUCCCCCACUGACACCACUGGCGCUACAUCUACUCCAGUUUCGAUAACAGAUUCGGGUGUUUCUCCCACUGACACCUCUGGCGUGACAUCCACUCCGGCCCCCAGCACUACCGGUGCGGCUACUGCUAAUGGCGCAAACAUAGAUAUUCCAUCGGGCCUGCUCUGGCGGGCAGUUUUCUCCAUCGCAGUGUCUAUCUUCGGCUUCGCUGUCAUAUUCUAGCUGCCAGGAAUGAUUCGCACCGCAACAUGAUACA